AUGCACCAAGCGUGCACUCAUCUAGCCAUCCUCCAGGUAACCAAAGCAGCUCUAAAACCUCAAUCCUCCCAACCUGAACUACUCCAGGUUCAUCCUGGAGUCUUGGCCAUGGCAGCCGUGGACUGGUCCUCGCUCCCGUGCGACCUCGUCCGCCGCGUCGCCGACUGCUUCCUCGCCGCCAACGACGUGGACUGCUACAUGGACCUCCGCGCCGUCUGCGGCAGCUGGCGCUCCGCCACCGACGACCCCAAGGACGGCCCGGACGACCCUCGCUUCCGCCCCCGGCAGUGGGUCGUGCUCGACGACGACGUCUUCCGGAGAGAGGACACGCGCCUCCUGGUGAACACCCACACCGGCCGCUUCCUCCGCAAGGGGCUCCCUCUGCUGGGCGGCUACCGCUACCGCUACCGGCACGUCGCCACCGCUCUCGGUGGAUUCUUCGUGCUGGCGGACUACGACGACUACAACGCCGCUCGCGUCCUCAACCCUUUCACAGGCCACAUGAUCCAUUUCAUGGCGAAGGCGCCCUCCGACAUGGUGGAUGCUGCUGCUGUCAUCGGGUCACCCCCCACCCUCAUCUUGCUCUGCGACUCGGAUCAUGCGCUAUACAUGGCUGACCCUGGCAGUACAAGUUUUGCUUUGUACCAAGAUGAACACGCUUACCAGCUGAUCCGGCUGGCUGUCGCCGGCGGAAUGUAUGCUGACGGCGAGCAGAGACCGGUGCCCCCGCUGCCGGCUACUGUGGCCGAUAAGAUCUUUGACCUGAUGAGGCUGUUCUCUGUUGAUCCGUCCGAGAUGUUCUGUCGUGAUGUUAUUGAGCGUGUUGCCGAUGAUGCUCCUGAGAUUGGGCAUGCAAACAACAGCCGCUGCUUCCUAGUACAAUCUCUGGGAGAAGUGUUAGUUGUCUUCAAGCUGCGGCAUCGCAUGGAGGUUUUCAGGAUGGACUCUGACAGGGGUGUGCUCGAGCCCGUGAAGAGCAUCGGACGUCGCGCCAUCUUCGUCGACUGCUACAGGUGCCUGGCUGUUGAUGCCGACAAGUUCCCAUCUGUUGAGGCCAACUGCAUCUACCACCUAAUAGGUAUGAAUCCACACGGUGAUGAUGUCUACUUCUUUGACGUCUACAAGUAUGACCUCAAGGAUGGGACAGAAGAGAUGGUCUCUGAAGCCAUAAGUUGGUCAGAUCCCCUCGUACGGUGGGAUGCUGACCCUCCUUUCACCGCCGUUCAGCUCCUCUCCAGCUACAACAUUGAAGUCUGGGAUUCUGAACUUGUGACUCAGGAAAUCUGUCGAGUAGAUGUUGAUCAGUUAGUUGAGGAGGAGUUCCCAAUUUGA